AUGGUGAGACAGGACCUUAAGAAGAAGUUCAAAAUGAAAGACUUAGGAGAACUUAAAUUCUUCUUUGGUAUUGAGUUUUCUAGAUCCAAAGAUGGCAUACUGAUGAAUCAGAGGAAAUAUGCACUUGAGUUAGUUGCUAAGAUAGGAUUAGCUGGUAGCAAACCAGUAGCCACACCGCUAGAGUUCAAUCAUAAACUUACAUAUGUAGAGUUUGAUAAGUUUGUUCAGAAUGAUUCUCCUGUGGUUGAUGAAUUACUUGAAGAUAGGAGCAAGUAUCAAAGGGUAGUUGGGAGACUAUUGUAUUUGACCAUGACGAGGCCUAACAUUUCCUUUGUAGUUCAGGUGUUAAGCGAACAUAUGCAUGCACCAAAGCAGUCUCAUAUGGAUGCAGCAGUAAGAGUCAUCAAAUACAUCAAAGGAACAACAGGGUUUGGCUUGUUCAUGCCAGCAGUACAGACAAAUCAGUUACUAGCCUAUUGUGACUCUGAUUGGGGUGCAUAUAUGGAAACAAGAAAGUCUGUUACUGGGUACAUUGUCAAGCUUGGCAAUGCUAUUGUAUCAUUAAAGUCAAAGAAGCAAAGUACAGUGUCCAGGAGCUCAGCUGAAUCAUAA